GGACCGGUAGGGACGCCGGGGUGGCGGGUUCCGCACUUAGAAUCGCCCCGAGCGUUCUUUUCGGGGAAGCGGGAGGGAUUCUGCAGGCAAAGCCCCGCGGGUCCUGUGUCGCUCCGGGUCCUGCGCAGCCUGAGGGGUCUGUCCCCGCGACGCGGCGCUCCGAAGGGAUUGUGUGGCGAUCCCCGGCUGUGACCUUCUGCCUGAAGUAUUUCAAGUGCUUUAGAGGUUUCAGUGCACACCUGAGCAGGUGGUGCCUGUCAUCCUGUCUUUCCUGACUGUUGCAAGGAGGUGUGGCCCGUGGCUGUUUUCCCCAGGCUCUGGGGUCUGGUUCUGAAUGGAAGGUGGCAUUUUAUUUAAAGGAAGCACUGGGACUUGUGGCUACACCCUCCAAGCAUAAAAACAUUUGAAAAUGGAAGAUCCAUGUAUGUUACCUGAGGAAGGACAAGAGCGGGAACCACAGAAAAGUGUAAAAGAAACCAAACAAGUGGAUGGUGAAGAUGCUGAGUUGAUCUUUCUUGGGGUGGAAAAUGUAAAUGAAGAUGCUGAGCUGAUCUUUGUUGGGGUGACUUCAAAUUCAAAACCAGUUGUUUCAAACAUUUUGAACCGAGUCACUCCAGGUUCUAAUUCAAGGAGAAAAAAGUAUGGUCACCUCAGACAAGGUGCUGCUCAUACAUUGCAGUCUAUAAGUCAUAUGACCCCACCAUCAAAAGGAGUAGCCAUCUUGCCAUUUUCUCAAUCUGAAUCAAGAUCAACAGAUAGUCCUAUUAUUAUUGAACCUUUGUCUGAACCUGAUUAUAAAAAUAAUUCACCACAAGUUGUGCCUAAUGGCUCUUUAGAGCUAUAUUCUCCUUUGAGUACAUUCACCAGUUCAUUGCAGCAUGCAGGAAGAGCAGCACUUUCUGUAGGAGGUAUGAAUGAAAGUCCUUGUAUAUCAAAGCAACUUUCUACUUCUGAAGUAAAUACUGUAAAUACCAAAAGGCCUAAACUCAGUGAUGGAUCUUUUUUAGCUUUGUCCCCCUCGGUUAUAUCUCGUACAAAAAACAAUCAGCAAAGUAUACCCUCUAGAGAUGGUCAUACCUUGUUAAACCAUGUUCAGAAUGGAGCACUUUUUCCAGUAGCUUUUCCAAAGGACAAUUUCAAGCCUGUAAAUCCAGUCAGGGAAAAUGGAGGACUGACAAAAAUAGAUUUUUCAAGUAUGGCAAGUCAAAAGACUGCUGAUCCCAGGAAAGAAAAUAUGAUUGUGUUACUUCAUGACUUUUACUAUGGACAACAUAAGGGAGAUGGGCAGCUAGAACAGAGGACUGACACAAACUUUAAAUGCCUCAGCUGCUUGAAAGUUCUAAAAAAUAUUAAGUUUAUGAACCAUAUGAAGCACCAUUUGGAACUUGAGAAGCAGAGGAGUGACAGCUGGGAAAGCCACACCACCUGCCAGCACUGCCACCGGCAGUUUCCAACUCCUUUCCAGCUGCAGUGUCAUAUUGAAAGUGUGCACAUCCCCCAGGAACCCUCCACUGUUUGUAAAAUCUGUGAAUUGUCAUUUGAAACAGACCAGGUUCUCUUACAACACAUGAAGGACAAUCACAAACCCGGUGAAAUGCCUUAUGUUUGCCAGGUUUGCAAUUACAGAUCGUCAGCCUUUACUGAUGUGGAAACACAUUUUAGAACAUGCCAUGAAAACACUAAAAAUUUGCUUUGUCCAUUUUGUCUAAAAGUUUUUAAAACUGCUUCACCAUACAUGUGUCAUUAUAGGGGGCAUUGGGAAAAGAAUGUUCACCAGUGUUCUAAAUGCCGGCUACAGUUUUUAACUUUCAAGGAGAAAAUGGAGCACAAAACCCAGUAUCAUCAAAUGUUUAAGAAGCCUAAGCAACUGGAAGGAUUGCCUCCUGAAACAAAAGUUGAUAUUCAAGUGUCCUUGGGGCCUCUUCAACCAGGAUCACUGGAAGUAGCAUCCAUUACUGUGAGCACAUCUGACUUGGAACUAUCAGCCCUCACACCUAAAAAUCGAAUUUCAAAAACCCCUCAUUAAUUCUAGUUUUGGUAAAUUUCCUAAAGCAGAUAUUUCAAUCCAAAUCAAAACCCCCCACAAAAACAAAAUAUUCAAACCAUGCAUUUGUCAAUAGUACCAAAAUAGAGAAACCAGUGGAUUAUUCAUGAAUUUCUUUUAAUUCGUGUUGUACAGUAUAGUUUGAUCUGAAUUAUGAGGUGUUACUUUAAAAUAUAUUACUUGGUUUUCAUGUAACUAGCUUAACAUAUAAAAGGUGUUUGUGUGUGUGUAUGAGAAAGCGUGAGACAAAAGAAAUACCUUUUUUUAUUUUGUUUUAUCUAAGUUUGAAAGUUUUUUCCAUCUGUAUAUAGAAUGUCUCAGGUUUUUGAACUACUUAAUUUUAUUUUCAACUUUUUCCGUACAUUGAAGAUUUCAAUAUUAACUCUGUUCCAACUGGAAUGGCUUUGUUAUGGGGUGAGACCUGACCUGGUUUGUUGCUGAACUCCAGAAGUGCCUCUGCUGUGCUGGCCUGAAAUAAUCUGAGUGUGAGGAAGCCGGAGGAGAAGCUGUGGCAUGAAUGGAACCAACCAGACAGAGGUUAGUCAAGGGAGGAGCAACGGCUCCUUGUCCCAGUUGAGGGAGUUGCACCCAUUCACUUAGGUUUUGGAGCCAAGGCAGAAGGAACACUGUCUGAGAGUGUCUUCAUCUGAUGCCAGAAUAUCUAAGGAAGCAAAGUCAUUCAAAGUAAAAUGCCUUUGCCCUGCAUACAUGAAACAACCAUAUCAGGGUAUCACUGGCUUCAGAUGAGGGAAUAGCAGUAAUUAAUAGAAUGGGGCCUGUACCAGUGAACCUCCUGUUGAAUAAUCCAAAGAGGAAUUUGCUUCAUCCCCUCCCAUCUCCCUUCUGGCUGGCCUUCAGUGGAGAAUGAACUGGGCUAUGUCCCUCUCAGCUGCAGGCUGUUAGAGCACAUAAAGCCUCCCAAUGGAAGUGGGCCCUGAUUCCCACAGUUUGAAGUCUACUGGAUCCAUACUUUUAACUGAUGAGGGCCAAACAAAGGUAUCUGACUAGUUCAUGGAUGGACUAAAUUUAGUUCUCCCACUGUUAAGCUAGAAUGGGGACUUGUCCAAGAAGAGUAGGUACAAUUGGACAAAAAUAGGAUAGCCCAGAAUGACUGACUAAAAUUAAACCCAUUACAAGGCUUUUCCAUUUACUUUUCUGUGCAUGUGUAUCUUACCCUAAUUGAACAUGUGACACAUGCAGUGUUGUAUCUUACCUUGGACUUGAAUAUCUUAUAAGUAACAGUUACUCUCUAGUAUGUGUAGUUUUUCAAAUUUAUCAAACUGAUUCUGAGUUUGGGUCUUACUUGAUACUCUGGAGUGCAAGAAAUGUACCAUUUAUUUCAGUAAACAGUAAGUCAUACAGAGUUCAGGGUUCCCAGGAAUUUAAUCUUUCACUAACUAUGGGGGAAUCCUUUCCCCUUGCCCCCCCCCCCCGGGCUCUCUAAUGGAACUGAGGAUUGUUCUCUGAGUGUAGGUUCCUGAACAUUAGCAGCCAUGACUGCUUCUGUGGGUUCCCAGGGUUUAUUCUCCCUAGGCAUGUUCCAGUGCCAUCUCUCCUUCCACAACUGACCGAAGUGCAAAACAGCCUCUGUGCACCACUUAGGGAAUGUGGGAUUCUGGCUCUAGAACUGGGCCUGAAGAAUUGUUUUUCCCUUCCUUUCUCCUCCUCCUUAACGGCACCUUCCCUCUCCCCGCUUCCUGCCUCUCCAAUCUAGUUAAAUUUCCUAGGCUCUCAUAAAAAGCCAGGAAGAGAUAAUCAUGAAGGGCUUGGCUUCCCUCUUAGAAUUGGAGGAGAAGGGAUUCUAGGUAACAAAGUAGUUUUGUGAGUAUACUGUCCACAUUUUAGUGUAAUUUUAUUUACUGAGUGUAGUUCUGUUGUAUUUAUAUGGUUGAUGUUUGAUUGAUUUGCAGUUGAACAUUUUACUAGGCUUUUUAAGUUAGUUUGCUUGGACCAAGGCACUUUCCUUAAAAUUUCAGGCCCAAUACCUUCUUUAGGAGGAGAGAGAUUUUUUUUUCUUUUCCAAUUAUUAAAAAAAAAAAAAUGCCUCUCUUCCUCUUGUUAUGGUCUCAGGUAGAAAAUCCUGUGUAUAAAUAGUAUCUGCAUUCUCUUGCAUACUUAUCUCCCUUAUUAUUGCAUAUAUGUUUUGUGGUUGUCAACACUGUUAUUGUUGUUUACUGCUUCACUAAAGCAGGCUCCUAAGGAGUAGAUUGUCAUUUAUUGCCAGCUAUACAGGUUCCGGUGAUCUGGUCCCUGCCUACCUCGUCUCUCUUUUCCAUUCUUUGCCUUGCUUCUCUGCCAUUCUUCCCACUGAUGCACUAUUUUCUGACAGCUUUUUCUUAAGGAAAUCACACUUCUCUGAGAUUUGAGAUUCGAGAUUUGGAGAUUGCACACGUGCUGUUUGCUUUGUUAGAAUAUUCUUCCCCAUAGGCCUGCAUGGCUUGCUACCUCACUUUAUUGUUCCACACUUCCUUUGGUUCAUUGAGCUUCAUCAGUGUCCUGUCAUGCAGUCUUCCUUCUUUUUUUCCUUAUCUUGUCCUCUUCCUUAAAGGCACUUUACCUCCCUCCCAACUACUUUCUUUCCUCCCCAUUCUAAUUCAGUUUCCUAGCCUUUCACAAAAAGCUGGGAAGAUAAUCAUCAAAGGCUUUGCUUCCCUCUUUAGAAUUGUGCUAGCUUGAGUCAGUCUCUGUGCCUGCAACCAAAAGGAAAUUAAUAUAGUGAGUUCUUUCUCUGUUUUUGUAUUGAUAUCUCUAUAUUUUUUUUAAGGCAAUGUUACUUUGUUUUGUUUACAAAUAUAUUGAAUAUUUGUCAAGAUUACUAUUUUGUUAUCCUUUGUGGAUUUCCUCAUCUAUUUUGCUUGUUUGUUAUUCCAGAUAAACUUUAUUAUUUUAUU